AUGAAAGAGAGACUUGGUUCCACACUCCCUGUUCGCACAGGGAAACGAGAGCGAGAGUGCUUCGAGUACCGACGCACCGGCCGCGGUGGCCCGAUGUGGAAGCGGCGGCCCCAUCUCUCCCGCCAACUGGUUACUGUCCUUACGAGUCCCCCGCCCGCGACCAGCGCCGCGCACAUGCCGCAGCCAGACCUCCGCUCCUUUUUCCGCUCCUUAUGGCUCCGCGCCGCCUCCCUCCUGCCCUCCCCGCCCGAGCCCCCCGCAGACGCACACGCAGACGCACACGCCCGGAACCCGCGCCAACCGCACACCGCGGCCGUCCCUCCCGCCGCUGACGCCGCCGCCGCCGCCGCCGCACCCAACGCGGCGCGCACAGCGGAGAACGGCACGCGCAAGCGCCCAGGCCUCGCGCGCGACCUGCGGCACAAGUCCAAGUCCCAGCCGAACAUGCGCAAGUUCACCUUCAAGGCCCGCUUCUCGUCCUCGUCCACCGCCCUGCACAAGGCCCCCGCCGCGCAGCCCGAGCCCGAGCCCGUCCCGCCGGACUCACGCUUCCUCGUGGUGCCCCCGCCGACGGGGCACACGACCGGCGGGCGCGAACCGGCGAGCGAGCGCGGCAGACCGCCGUCCCCGCGACUCGUUCCCCCGCCCGCGUCCCGCUUCAGCCAGCGCCUAUCCGGCGGCUCACUCUCCCUCUUCCCGCCUCUGUCCUCUUCCGCGCCGACGCCCGCCCUCUCGUACACCACCAACACGCCCUCGACCGUCUCGCUCGCCUUCUCGCCCGAAACACCGCUCGAUCCGAGCACCCCGUACCCAGACGCGAACGACCUAUACGCCAUCGCCGAGCUCGUCACGGCCACCACGUCCGACGCCGACCUCGGCGCGCUCGCCCAACGGCGCGGCUUCCGCGGCGCACGCCUCUUCACCGCCGCCGACCCCCUCCGCACGCUCUCCACCGCUCUCAGCCCCCGCUCACCCCUCUUCGCCGGCGCCCCCGCCCUCCGCCGCAUCUCUGACGCCGUCUGGGGCCCGCACGCCCCCUCCGCCACCGCCGCAGCCGCAGCCGCAGCCGCUGCGCACCAGGGCGCCCGCACGGCCCCCGACCCGUUCGCGACGCACGGCGAGUCGUACUAUACCGCGCGCGCCGAGCCCGGCCCGUUCGCGGACAUCUACGACCUGGCGGCGUACGCGCGCGCGCGCCACAGGCGCCGCAGGACGGGCGAGACGCGGACGCCGCGCGCCAAGGCGGGCAAGUCGCGCGUGAACGUGUACGUCGUGUCGAUGUACGACGCGCGCGCGCCGUCGCCGAGCCGCAGGAAGUCCAAUGCGGACGCGGCGGCGGUGGCGGCGGCGACGACGAGGCACGCGUCCGUCGCUUGCCCCGCGCGCACCGCGUCCGUUGCGUCCCUCCCCGCGCGCGCGAAGAGCAAGGCCGCGCCGGGGACGGGAGUCGCGCGCGCGAGCGUCGCGGCGAUCGCGGAGGCGGAGGAGCUGCUGGACAAGGAGUACCUGCGGUCGCUCGCGCGCGCGUUUUUCACGCCCGAGUCGUCGCCGCGGACGUCGGUGGCGUCGCUGUGCACCGAGCGGCGGCAGUCAAAGGGGCUGCGGCCGCUGGUGCUGCCGCAGCAGCUCGGGCUCGCCGGCGCGGGCGGGGGGGACGCGCCGUGUGUGAGCGAGCCGAGAAACGAGUCUGCGCUGCGGAGGAGCCUGCAGGAGAGGAGGCGGUCAGGGCCGACGGCGACGAUGACGACGACGACGACGACGACGACUACGAUAGUGGAGAGGGGUGGAGAGUCGCCUGCAUUGGGUUAUGAGUGGGACGAGAGCAUGGAGAGCGAGGUGAUGCGCCUGGGCUGGUGA